AUGGGUGAACCGGAUCCGGAUAUUGAUCCAGCAUUCACAAUCAUAUCAAAAACGAAACCAGGUUUAUUUAUCUGGCGCGUUGAGAAUUUUAAGUUAGUUGCUGUACCAAGAGAAUCCUAUGGUAUUUUUUUUAAAGGCGAUGCCUAUGUUAUUUAUCAUGCUGAAGAAGUGAAAAAAUCAUCUAUUAAUAUUCAUAUUCAUUUUUGGAUUGGUCUUGAAUCAACUCAAGAUGAAGCAGGUGUGGCUGCGUAUAAAACCGUUGAAUUAGACGAUUAUUUAUUGGGUACUGCUGUUCAACAUCGUGAAGUUCAAGGAAAUGAAUCUGAACGUUUUUUAUCUUAUUUUAAAUUUCGUGGUGGUUUAACAUAUCGUACAGGUGGAAUUGCAAGUGGUUUUACUCGUUAUGAAAAAAGUAUUGAACCACGUUUAUAUCGUUUAAAAGGUCGACAUAAUGUUCGUCUAAAUGAAAUGUCAACAAUUGAUUGGUCACAAAUGAAUCGUUCAGAUGUAUUUUUAAUCGAUUUAUACGAUGUUAUUUAUCAAUGGAAUGGACAUAAAUCAAAUAAAUAUGAACGAUUACAAGCGAUGCAACGUGCAAAACAAUUGAGAGAUGAACGAAUAAAUUCAACAAAAAUAAAUAUUGUUAUUGUUGAAGAUGGUGAAGAAUCAAAAAUGAGCAAAGAUGAAUUAAAAUUAUUUGAAACAAAACUACCGUUAAAAGAAAAAAAUUUAAAAUUAGAUCAACAUGUAAAUAAUGGUAAUAGAGAACAACAUGAAAAUGACGAUGAUGAUGAUUUGAAAACAGAACGAGCAGAUGCUGCUCAUAUUAAAUUAUACAGAUGUUCAGAUGAAAGUGGUACAUUAAAAGUCACAGAAAAGAAAGCCGGACCUUUAGUCAAGAACGAUCUGGAUAGUGAGGAUGCGUACAUUGUGGAUAACGGACCGAAUGGCAUAUGGGUUUGGGUUGGAAAAAGAUCCAAUCCAAAAGAACGACGAGAAGCAAUGAGAAACGCAUUGGGCUUUUUACAAAAGAAAGGUUAUCCAAAACAAACAAAAGUAACACGAGUUAUUGAUAAUGGUGAACCCGUUGAAUUUAUUGCUUUGUUUAAAACAUGGUCGGAUCCAAAUCAACAAAAAGGUCUUGGAAAAGUGUAUACACAAGGACACAUAGCUAAAAUUGUUUCAACUCAAUUUGAUGCCAGUACAAUGCAUUCAAAUCCACAAAUGGCAGCUGCAACACAAAUGCCCGAUGAUGGUAGAGGAGAGAAAGAAAUAUAUCGUAUAGAAGAUUUUAAAAUGGUUCCAUAUCCUAAAAAUAUGUACGGUACAUUUUUUUCUGGUGAUUCAUUUGUUAUACAAUAUACAUACAAACAUGAUAUGAGAAGUUAUACACUAAUCUAUUAUUGGCUGGGUCGACAUUCUACGCAAGAUGAACAAGGAGCAGCUGCCAUUAGUGCAAUUGAAUUAGAUAAAAAAAUGGAUGGAGCAGCAACAAUAAUUAGAGUUGUACAAGAUAAAGAACCGAUACAUUUUAUGGCCAUGUUCCAGGGUCAUAUGAUUGUGUUCAAAAAUGGUAAACGGAGCGGAUUUCGAAAUAUACAAGACGACAAUGAGAACAUCGAUAACACCUAUCUAUUAGAAGUUCGGGGAUUACAUCAAUACGGUACAAAAGCUGUACAGGUUGAUUUACGUGCAUCAUCGUUGAAUUCGAAUGAUUGUUUUGUUUUAUUUACAAAGUCAAAUGUAUACAUUUGGUGUGGGAAAGGUUCAACUGGAGAUGAAAGAGAAAUGGCAAAAAUUGUAGCUAGUUCGCGAACAAAUCAAGAGAAAGAUGAUUUUUGGAGUUAUUUUAACGGUGGUAAAGAUGUAUAUGCGUCGGAUAAACGUUUACAACACUCUGAAUUAGUUGAUAAUCAUCCUAUUCGAUUGUACGAAAUAUCAAAUGCGAGUGGAAAAACAACAGCAGUUGAAAUACCAAAUUUUACUCAGGUAUGUUUCAUUAUUAUUGGGUAAUAGUAAAACAUGAAGACACCCACAGACAGCCACAGACAGCUGCACAGACAGCACACAUACAACCACAGACAGCCACAGACAGCUGCACAGACAGCACACAUACAACCACAGACAGCCACAGACAGCUACACAGACAUCCAUGGAUGUCUGUGUAUGGAUGUCUGUGUUUGGA